AUGGAUAGUUUCAAUGAAGAUCUAAAAGUACUAGAUUUAAAUGACGAUUAUGAUCUUUCAGUCCUUAUUGAUAAAUAUGAAAAUACGUUGAAAGAAACAUUACAGCAGCAUGCUCCACAAAAACGACGAAUUAUAACUCUUCGUCCUUUAUCACCAUGGUACAAUGAUCACCAUGGUACAAUGAGGAGAUUGGUCAAGAAAAAAGAAAUCGCAGGAAACUAG